AGUAAGAUCUUGUCGGAGUAGCUGAUCUGACAAUAUCUCAGUUAAAAUAAAACCGGACGUUUGUACUCGGUAGUCCUUACGCAGUGUUUCCUCGGCAUCACGUUGGCCUCAGUCCUGACUGCGAAUCUGCUGUCUGAAUUAACCUAACCAAGUGCCUCUGCCACGAUUCCAGACUAAUCAAAGUCGGGCUUCACACUUCUAUCCAAAGAACAAGACUUGAGCCGAAUAUGCAGACCAUAUGUAAAGUGCUUCUGGGUGUCGUUGCAACUGUUGUUAUUAUCGUUGUGAUAACAGUUCCUAUUGUCGUCCUGGUGCCAGGCAGGCUUGACAAGGAUAUACUGCAUGCAAGAAGUAUCAGUUCCCUGACUGAGUCGUCUAAGGACAGGGGUCACAAUCUCAAAAUAAGAGGAGACAAGGAAAAUGGUCAAGGUCGAACAUUUACCUUAGAUGACUUCACAGGCGGAAAAUACUCUUAUAAAUCAUAUCCUAUGAUUUGGAUAUCAGAUAAUGAAUACUUACAUAAAAGCAAUAAUGGCAAUGUUAUUCGCUACAAUGUCGAAACAGGACAAACAAGUGAUUUUCUGUUAAAAACCGUAAUGGAAAAGGUUGACGCUUCAGAUUACUCAGUAUCAGCUGAUGAAAAAUAUGUACUUCUGGCCAGUAAUUACACAAAGCUAUGGAGGCAUUCCUUUUUCGCUUGGUAUUCUGUUUAUGAUUUGGCGAAAAGGGAUUUUGUGAAGAAUGCAAACUUGAACAUCAAAAUACAGAACAUAUUGUGGGCUCCAGUGGGACACAAAUUAGCUUAUGUUUGGAACAACAACAUUUAUCUUAAAACUGAGCCUGGAGCCGCUGCUAUCAACUUAACAUCCAAUGGAGAGGAAAAUAAAAUUUUGAAUGGGAUACCUGACUGGGUUUACGAGGAGGAAAUGUUUUCUUCAAAUAAUGCUUUAUGGUGGUCACCAAAUGGAAGGUUUCUUGCUUAUGGAGAAUUCAAUGACACUGAGGUUGAAAUGAUAGAGUACCCAUUUUAUGGCAAUGGACAGUACCCGGAAACAGUGAUAAUUCCAUAUCCCAAGGCUGGUUCUCCUAGUCCUUCUGUGAGGCUAUUUGUUGUAGAUACCGAAAACCUUGUGUCUGCAGAGCUUUCGGCCCCAAAAGAAAUACUUUCAAGUUACUAUCUGGUCUCUGUAACCUGGGUAACUGAAAAGCGAACCUGUGUGCAGUGGAUUAACCGAAGACAGAAUCAUUCUAUUUUAACAGUCUGUGAUUUUAACACAGGCCAUUGGACAUGUUCAAAGGAUAAAGAACUUAAGGAAAUAAGUACAACGGGUUGGAUUGGUGAAUUUCGACCUUCAGAUCCAAUUUUUGCACCAGAUAAUAAUACUUUCUACAAAAUACUAAGUGACGAUAAUGGAUAUAAGCAUAUUCAUGAAAAGGCGGGAACGCAGGUACGCCUGAAACAAAUUACCAAAGGAAACUGGGAAGUGACUAGAAUAAUAGCUCUGCUGGACAAUACACUAUACUACGUUAGCAAUGAAUAUGAGCAGUAUCCAGGAAGAAGAAACAUUUAUAAAAUUGAAGUUGGAAAAGAUAAUCCAAAACAACAGUGUAUUACCUGUGAACUGAUGAAAGAUCGCUGUCAGUACUAUUCUGCAUACUUCAGCAAGAAAGGAAAGUAUUACAAACUGUUUUGUUAUGGUCCUGGAAUGCCUAUUUUUGGUAUUUACAAUACUGCCAAUCAUACAGUGGUAAAAACUCUCGAAGAUAAUAAAGAUUUGGAAGAAAAGCUGAAGGACAUUCAGAUGCCCACAAAGGUUCUCAAGUCUUUACAAUUAGAUGGCACAAAUUAUUGGUAUCAGAUGAUACUUCCACCGCAUUUUGAUGAUAAAAAGAAAUAUCCACUGCUCAUUGAUGUAUAUGGUGGGCCAUGCAGUCAGAAUGCCAAUGCCCAAUUCUCCAUUGACUGGGCCACUUACCUUGCCAGCACAGAAGGGAUUAUAGUUGCCAGCUUUGAUGGAAGGGGAAGCGGUUAUCAAGGAAACAAAAUAAUGCAUGCAAUAUAUCGAAGAUUGGGCACAUAUGAAGUGGAAGAUCAAAUCAGAGCAGCAAGAAAAUUCAUAGAAAUGGGAUUCAUUGAUGAGAAAAAAAUAGCUAUCUGGGGAUGGUCUUAUGGAGGUUAUGUCACAUCCAUGGUACUUGGAUCAGGAAGCAAAGUCUUCAAGUGUGGAAUGGCAGUUGCACCAGUGUCCAACUGGACUUAUUAUGAUUCUAUCUAUACUGAACGUUACAUGGGCUUACCAACGAAUGAUGACAAUUUUCAAUUCUACAAGAAUUCUACUGUGAUGGAAAGAGCUGAAAAUUUCAAAUUGGUUGAUUAUCUCCUUGUCCAUGGAACAGCAGAUGAUAAUGUCCAUUUCCAGCAGGCAGCACAGAUUUCAAAAGCCCUUGUUCAGAAAGGAGUGGAUUUUCAAGCGAUGUGGUAUACAGACAAGGAUCAUGGUUUAAGCAAUCCCGCAAAAUGUCAUCUCUACAUUCAUAUGUCGCACUUCCUGAAGCAAUGUUUCUCUCUCAAUCACUGAUGUCAGACAAUAUAUCAAAGCGAGUGUAAAACUUUACAAUUAUAGAAAUGCUGGAAGAACUUAACCAGUCAAGCGGAUCCUCACGGAGUUUUGCUGAAGGGUCUUUGAUCUGAAACGUUAACUGGUUUCUUGUUUCCAAGUUGUGACUUGACUGACUGAGUUCUCCCAGCACUACUGUUUAUGUUUCAGAUUCUUGCAUCUGCAGGUUUGUUUUCUGAUAUUUCAACUGUUCCCGCUUAAAGCAUUUGUAUUGAUAAAAUAAUAAAAUAUUAUGAUCCAGGUUCUCUAAAAGAUGGUUUACAUUUUUUCCAUGUCUUAAUUGAUCAUGUAUUAUUUGAAAUUUUUUGAACAUUUUUCAUCUGGAAGAAAAUGCUUAUUUCAAACAAAUGGUUCACUUUGGAUGCUUUUGUAAUUGAAAGCAAUACUAGUAGAGCUAAUAGGACUUGAUGUUUCAGUCCCUAUGAUAAGUCAGCACUCUCAAUGUAGGCAGUGGGCUUGGAGUGGUGACAAGGAGGUACAUCAUCGGGGUCAUCAGGUGGGCACCCUCCUUCUUUGACGUUUCGUUGAUCAGCCCACAACAUCUCCAGAGGGCUCAACAGUGCUACAUGGUGUCCCAGGUACACCCCACUCAGUUCCAUACCCUCCUGUCUUCAUCUUGCAGCCCAGUUGUUGCCUUUCGUUUUAAUCCAAAUCCAAUUACUGCUUUCUUCUGUGGCUUGUGAAAUUGAAUAACUUGAAUCAAUUUCUAUAAAUAACUUCAAAUUUUGCUUUUAUAAUUCUUAUCUUCUUGCCACUUGGUGCAAUUUGCAAGUAAUCAAUCAAAGCUGAUUCUACUGAAGAACAAGUAGCUUACAAAUUUAUUUGCAAGUUUUAUUCAAGAGUACUGUCAUUGAUUCACCUUUCCUAGCAACCAAAACUUCGAUGAGAUUUCUGUAGAAUGGACUGAAUUUUUUCUGUUUGAGUUUUUACUAUUACAGUGGAUUCCAGUUACUGGGGACAUAUCUGGACCACACCUUUUGGCCCAAUUAAGUGACUGCCCCAAUUAGCCAAAGUUUCGUGGAAAUAGUUAAGAAAGUAUAAAAAAAAGGCAAACUGCUGUUUAACUGAGUAACAAAUUAUGUAUUUAAAUUCAAAAGAGAACAAAUUAAUAGUAUCAUUACUUCGACAGUAUAAACUGUGUAGUAGUUCCUGAUAGUUAUUGAUGGCAAAAUUCAUGCACACUAGGCUACUGUCUUCUGUUGAUUGACUGCAAAAUAAGCAGACACCUCGUCUAGAUAAUGGACUGCUUUCACAUAAUCCUUUUGAUGAUUGCAUCCUCCAAAUCUUCAUUUUUAUUGCAACAUUCAAGAUGAUUAGCAAUACCUUCAAAUUCUUCAUAGUUCACCACUUGUUGAAGUAGUGAAAUUACUUCAUUUUCACUCCCAACCAUUAUUGGCAUCUCCAAGCCUGAAUGUUGGAAACAACAGUGAGCAAAGCAGUUCUGACCUCUCUUACUGUUUAUUUCUUGUCAACUAGUAUCAGUGACAAGGCUGACUGCCCUUUGAACACAAAUGUCCUCAACUUCUGCUAUUUAGAAGUUGUUUGCAUGGUGUAGGGACUAAUGUACCAGUGUACACACAAGUACACUGACUAAAGCUAGCUAGAAACUGUCUGGCAGCAGUCUCCUGUUGCAAUUAAAUGGUGUAGUGUCCCAGAUAAAUGAGGGAAAUCCUGGCUUUUUUCUCAAUCAGUUUUUGUUUUUAAGAGUUGGCCCAAUUAUCUGACUUCUCCAAUUAAUCAGUGGCUCAAUUAACCAGAACUCAAUGUAUUUUACUUUAAUUGCUUAUUUAACCAAAGUUCCAUAAUGGCUUUACAACGAAGAACAGAACAUCAUGCCAAUAUUGAUUACAACUUUCUAAUUUUCCAACAAAAAUGAACUAACUCUCAAGAUUUUUGGGUUUACUGUUUAAAGGACUCUUUCCAUAUAAAGGGGACUGAGGUCAUUUUCCUUCUACUCAAUUUCACUCCUAAAUAAUCUACUGACAUUGGUGCAGUAUUCUGGAAAUAGUUGAAUUGUUUUACCUUGAAGUUUAUUCAACACGUUCAGCAUAAAUGUUUGAAAAAUUCCAUACUUCAAAGUAUUUAAUAUGAUGCAAUGUUAUCAGAAAAGAAAUAUACAUAGAAGCUUUUCUUUGGUUCUCAGGGUGUUUACAGAGCUUAGCAUUUGCUGCACAAUAAGUAACUUCAGUUAAGUGUAGAUCCUUGUUGCAUUCUGAUGACCAGAUACUCAUAAAAUGCUGUGAUGUAUUAUUCUAUGAUUUACUCAUUCUGCACCGUUUUGUUGGUCUUUCCCUGAUGGAACCUAUUUUCAGAUGAACAGAGUUGAACAGAGUUUUGGAAAAUGCUACAUACUUGAUUAAUUUCAGACUUAUAUUUGCAUUAAUGGCCAUAAUGUGCAUAACAUACUGUAUGAAAUUUUAUAUACCCUUUUAAUUUCAUCUUAUUUUUAAGCUCUGUUAUUUGCAGUGAAUACUAUAUAUUAUUCCAUUUUGCAUUCCUUUUUAAAAUAUUUCAAUAAUGAAAGCUGUUAAUUUAAGAACAUUAAUAAAUUUGUGCACAUUGCUUCCUUACAAAUAAAUGGUAAUGUUUGUAAAUUUG